CAAAGGGUCGGUUGAUAGUGUGAGUCAGCUAUACAGUGGCAUCAGCAGUCAUGAAAACAACACUUCUUCUAUGUAUAUACGUGAGUUUCGCUCUAGCUCCUACAUUUACUAGGGCAAGAAUCGUAGUUGUCCCAGGAAGUGGUAGUUCUCCUGAAGAUAAGUUGGGCCGCAAUGAGGAUGAGUUGAGCCGCAAUGAGGGUACAUUGAGCCGCAUCGAAGACAAGUUGAGUCGCAUUGGUAAUACGUUGGUCCGCAAAUCUACCAAAUACAUACAUUCAGUAACCCCAGUUACUCAAGAAGAUUUCAACCCAACAUUGAUUGACACAGAAGCAUCCCCCGCAGAACGUAACCAAUUCGAAGACAUUUGUAUGAGGUUGAAGGCCCUGGAAGACUUUCUUGAAGACCAAGAAAAACGUAAAACAUCAUCGAGACACUCACAAUGUAAGAAAGAAUGCGAACAUAAGACAAUGGAAGAGGAAGGGUUCAGUACUGAUUUGAACCUAGAGACUCGGGAGAAGUGGAACGCGGACCCUCCAUUCUCCAUUGAGCCUUUGCACGGCCCGGCUCAGUACGUGUUUUGCGCCCUGCAGACGGAAUGUGAGCCUUGCAAAGACAAUCAGCAUUGCUCCACAAUGAUGAGGGAGAUACAAAGCGAACACGCCGUCUUCGAGAAGCUACCAGACAUCAGAUACAAUUUCCUGAUCGGCGGCGACGGUCGUGUGUACGAAGGCAGAGGAUGGAAUGUUCGUCCAACGCUACCAGAGAGAUACUCUAGUUUGAGUGAUAGAAGCUACUACAUCGGAUUCAUAGGCGAUCUCUCAGAUCCUCGUCCCAACACAGAAAUGUUGGAGCUCAAAAAUAGAGUGAUAAGAAACGGGUUUAAGAGAGGUGCAAUUCGAAUUAAGUUCUUAGAGUUUCUCCUACUGUUUCAUAAAGGUUUACCGAACGCACAGAUAGACUAUGUAUAUAAACACCUGAGAUCGGGGAAAAACAAAUUUCUAACUAAUAACACAGUUUCAUAGAUACAAGGAGCGAAGACUUUACCCACUAGUCCAUAAAACCUUUACACCAAAAUUUCUGGUUCUAAAUAGUAAACAUUUGAAUCAGUAAGUGGACAUUUUUAAGUUCUCGCUCAAAAUAAGUAAAUUAAACCUCAAUGUAUUGUGUUGCAGAAGAACCCACCCAGUUGAUGCUGGAUGCUCGAGAUAUGUUAAUGUCGCAUAUGCUAACAGAUAAAAAGCUGAAUUCGAGAUUUUUGCA